GGGCAGCUGAGUCCUGACUGGGCGGAUAUCUGCUGCAACGUUCUUCGGCUUCAAGUUCAAUUGGGCGCCUGCCAGUCACUUUUCCAUUUUGCUUGGACGCUGCUUACCUACAGGUACUUCCCCCAGCAAGUACUCUCUUCAGCUUUCAGGUUUUCAACAGUAGAGCGCGACGUUGGGCUUUGGAAACGCAGCAUCUGGCAAUGAGGACAGUUGACUUCAGUUUCAUGCAUUCUAGUCGGUUGUGCAGAAAGAAGGUGUAGCGCAUGCCUUCGUAGAUUGCCAAAGCCCUGCCAAAGAUUCAAAUUGCACAACCAGCAUUACCACCUGUUUUUGACUGAGAAAAGCAAUUGUUUUCUGCCAGCUUUUCCGCUCACUUGACAAGAGUCCGCCGCUGAACCUUGCAGACUAGCCUUUGCAUAAACAAGCCACAUCAUUGAAAAUGUCACCAGGGCGACAAUUGGCACGCUUGGCGGUUGCACAUGUCCGGAAGAUCCAUGCAGCAGCAGCAAAAGCAGGGCCGGCGCCUUCUGCGGCGAAUUGGUUAGCCGGUGGGGCAGCACUUAGUGCCGCAGAAUGCCAAGUGGCAGCGUCUCAAUGGCCUGCCCAGGGGAUCUUCCUGCCACAGUUCUUGCGAAGCACCGUCGCAAUGGGCUCUUCCAGGAUGGACGUUGUCCCCAUUCACUGGACCCUUGUACAGAGGAGCUUCACUUCGAGCGCAGCACGAAUGGCGACUGCAGAGUCCAAUAAAGCAUCGGAGGAAGCGGCGCGACGAGACAGCGAGUUGCAGCAGGCGGAGGAUCCGUUCGACACCAUCACCGACCGGAUUCCGGAGAAGCCCGUCUCGGUGGCGGAGGGGGCGUCGUACACAGUAGUCAUUGUCGCGUUCUUGGGGCUCGCGGCGGCCGCCAUGUUCUAUGUCGCUAAGGAGCUGCUGAUCGAGCCGAAAGAGUACAAGGUGUUCAACAAGGCCCUAGACCGAGUUAAAAACGACAGUCAAGUCGCGGUGCGAAUAGGACGGCCGAUCACGGGGUACGGUUCGGAGAGCCGAAACCGUGCUGCGCGGCAACGGAUCCGGCACAAUAUCACGAAGGAUGAGGACGGAACGGAACGCGUGCAGGUGCAAUUUUUCCUUCGGGGGCCGAACGGGACGGGCAUGGUGACCUCGGAAAUGUUCAAAGAUCAAGAGACGCGGGACUGGCAGUUCACGUAUCUCAUAGUCGACAUCACUUCGCCAGUUCCGUCUCGCUUGAUGCUCGAGUCCUACCUCGGUGGGCCUGCUGGUGCCGGCGGCUGAUUGGCUCACUGAAUCUGGUGCAUCGCUUUGGGGCCUCGAUACUUCGAGAUGUUGCAAAUACACAGAUUUCCCUGACACGAGAUCAAUCCUGUGGGCAUGGCUUACAUUGGGCGUUGCAUUUCGAAGCUCCAGAAAUGCUCAUUCUGAUCAGUGAGUCCGAGUAUUUUUGAGAAGGACCAAAUGCAAUGCAAGUUCAGCGAAAGUGGGCCUGCAAGAACGUCCAUUUCCUGGAGUCGACAUGCGUGUCCUACGCCCACUUUAAAACCGGGCGUCCAAAGGCUAUGUUCCGGGUCGAGUCAUGCAUGCUGAUGUCAAC